UCGUUUAACACAGGCUUGAAUUCGGGUUUGGCGUGCAAAAUGGACAUAAUAAUUGAUAAAUUUCUCAACGAAACUGGUGAUUCCUAUCGAUUGGAAUACUAUCCAACGGAGCUGAUGCUUUACUUCGAAAAACAUCAUAUUUUUGAAAUUAUUUUUGAUUUGAUGAUUAUGUUACAACGAGAACGGCCACCCAAUGUUGAAGAGUACAUGGCCAAGCAUAUUGUCGCUAUCUCAAAGAAAUAUUACCAAAUUAAUACCUACGUUAAUUUUCCGGAAAAUGUUGAUGCCGAAAGCUUCGUUCGUAAAUUCCAACCGAGUGAUCACUACUAUCCCAUAAUCAGACUAGAAGAGUCAUUGAAAACAAAAACGUUUUUACAAACUCUCAACAAUCGACUAAAACUUAUAAAUCUUCACAAUAAAAAUAUUAUCAUGUUGGGCGAUAGGAGCGCUAUAAGGGAAGCGAAAAAACAUGUUCAUUUCCGACAAAUAUUGCGCGCUGCAAGUAACAAAUCACUUUCGAAGUUAUGUACACACAUUGUUGAACGCACCAAACUCCUCCAAAUCGAUCCUCGUCAUUCCGUCAUCAGAUACGCCCAGCGGAUUGUGCUGCUCGGUCGUCCUGGUUGUGGCAAGCAUCGUGUAGGAAAGUGGCUGGCGACAACAUUGAAUGUUUGUUUGGUAUCUGCAUCCGACUUAGUUGCAAAACAUGAGCAGAAAUUGGAUAGCUUCGGCAAAGCUCUUAGUUGUGGAUCCGCAGAAAAUGUGCAUACUUCUGAGUUGUUAACCACCAUUGUGCAACAUCGACUUCUGCAACCGGAUUGCCUUGAAAGUGGCUGGAUAUUAGUUGACUUUCCGAACACAGCUGAAGAUGUGCAAAAUUUCUUCCGGAUGUUAAUCACACCAACUAAAGCACUGUUCAUAGACACAGAUGAGUCAGUAUGUCGGCGUAGGAAAUUAUCACGCAGAAAACAUGAGCAGAUCAACAGCCACAUGUGCUGGCAGAAGAUGUUGUUCGAAACAAAGCUGAAAUUUUACGACUUUCAUCACCAACCAAUAAUCGAUGCGUUCAACGAACAACAGUCCUGUGUUAUGAUGCAUGUUGACGGUAAUCGAUCGUGUUCAAACAUUCAGAAGUCUAUUGUAGAUAAGCUGGUCAUUUAG